AAAAAAAAAGAAAGAAGAAAAAACAGCAAAGAUAGAGAAAUAUAGAGAGAGAGAGAGAGAGAGAGCCCACACAGCAAAUCUUUGAGCAGAGCCCCUUCCUCCUCCUCUUUCCGUUUAAAGAUGUUAUUCGGUUUUUAAUUCGAAUAAUUUCCUCCUUAUUCCUCGUCCUAGUACUCCCACCGUUACGCCAUAUAUAUAAAUAAAAAAUAUAUAAUAUUUACAUAUAUCUUUUGCUUUGCUUAAUACAUAAGAGAGAAAUAUUAGAGACAACGCCAAAGAUAAAUCCCUUAUUCUCGCGCCGCCGCGGUUUCCCGUAUAAAUCCCCGGAAUAAGAAGCGAGGAUAACUCCGUAGAAUAGAGAGUCUUAUAUUCUUAUUAUUCCGACCAUCUCUUCCUUAUAUAGAUUUAUUGAUUAGAGAAGUUUUUUUUUUUUAAUUUUCUUUUUUUGUUUUUCUAAUUUCUAAAACGAUACCGCUCCUAACACGAAGCGGAUACGAGGUUUUAUUCUAGAGGUUUCCUUCGCUAGGGUUUUCUGAUUAGGGUUUCGCGUUUUCGCUCGCGUCGUCGUCUUCUCCUUCCUCGCUCUGCGCCUCCGUCGUGUUUGCUUGUUAUUGUGCGGGAUUCUCCUCUCCUGCGGAAUCGUUGAGGAAUUGGGGGAUUUUGAGGGGGGGUUCUUGGGCUUUUUACUCUUCUUGGUCCGCGUGGCCAACAAUGGAUGCGUAGAGAGGUUGAAUUGAUCGUCUGAUUGGUGGAGGAGAAUACCUAAUUGAUCUUUUUGGGGGAAUUUUGGUGCAUUAUAUAGGGUUCCUUGCGGGAGAGUAGGAAUUGGAGCUAUUGCAUUUGCGAGCCCCUCGGGGGCGGUUCGAUCCCUGCUUCGGGGAUCGCCUUGUGAUGAUUUUCGCGCGCUUCGUCCUUGGAUUGUUGCUUUUGUACAGGAAAUAGUAUUCGGGGUUGAUUAGGUUAUUAUAGAGGGAGAUUAGUUUCGAGGAGGAGCGAGGAACAGUAGUUGUACCUAGAUGGUGAUCUCUGUUCAUUAUGGAGAAAACUGAACUGGCAUUCAAGCCAGAGUGGCUAAAAUCGUCGAAUGCGAGUGCGGCUAACAAUGCCUCUGCAAACCAUCAUUCCACUAUUUCCUCACAUUCAGAUGAACAUGCUGUAGCAAACUCCUCUAGGAACAGGUUGUCGGUAUUUGACCGGGAAAGAAAUUCGUCAUCCUCCUCUCGGAGGAGUUCAAGCUCGAACUUUUCUAGGAGUCUUGAUAAAGAUACAUCAGGAAAAUCACGUGCUUACAGUAGUUUUGGUAGGAGUAGUCGAGAAAGAGAACGGAAUAAAGAUAGAGAAAGUAGGCCAGUUUUGGUCGACAAUGGGUAUCAUGACCGUUCCAAUUCAUUCAUCACAAGUAGGUCUGAAAGGGAGAGAUCUUCAAGCUCUAUGGCAGCAGGGAGGCCAGUUGAUUCAUUGUAUAAUGGAUUAGGACAAAACUCGGCAAAUGGUGUACAAUCUGGGGGGAAUAUAACUGGGGCCCGCUCCUUCGAGAAGGAUUUUCCGUCCCUUGGAACUAAGGAGAAGAAUGGGUGUCCAGAUGUAGUGGGCAGGGUUCCUUCGCCUGGCAUUAGCGAUGCUAUUAGAAAGAUUUAUUCAGGUAAUGGAGCCCUAGCUGCGGCUGAGAACUGGAAUUCUGUGUUGGUGAACACACCGCAAGCUUCUCCGGACAGUCAGGCUCCUGCAAUCUUGAGCACUCCAACGGGAUUAAAUAUGGCUGAAACAGUGGCACAAGCUCCAUUACGAGAUCGAACUGCGCCCCAGUUAACUAUUGAUACCCAGAGGAUUGAUGAACUGACGCUUAAACAAUGCAAGCAGUUAAUACCUGUAACACCUUCGACACCUAAAAGUUUGUUGUCAAGCUCUUCGGAAAAGUUGAAGAACAAAGGAGCAAGAGGUGGAGAGUCAAGUGGCGCUCCUAAAAUUGGGCGGCAGUUAUCACCUCCUCCUCUCAACCCUGCCCUCCUGCAUGUUAGGUCUGAUACUACAAAGCCGUCCCAAAUUGGGACUUUUCAAGUCCUCAACCGAGAUAAGAAUAAUGAUACCUCCCUUUCAACCAAAGAUGGGCCAACUGUUAGCAAAGUUGUGAAUGUCAGUAGUCUUUCUCCGUCCGCUUCCCAUCUCUCGCUGAAGAGUCCCACUAACCAAAAACCUAAGGUUGAAAGCAAGAAUGAGAAGAGAUUGCAUUCUCAAGCGAAGGAUAGGCAUGAAUUCUUCAAUUUCAUACGCAAUAAAUCACUGAAUAGUUCGAGUGCUACUCCGGAACAAGGCCCUGUUUCACCCUCAUCCAGUGUAGUGGAUUCGAGCGACCAGAGUGAAUUUGGUGUUACUAAUGAAAAGGAGGGCAUCUUGUCCGAUUCGGAGUUGAAGUGCUCAGAGAAUGGGAAUUGUGUUAAAGAAGAUAAAGAGGCUUGUGAGGAAUUCGAGAGUCCACUACCUGACAACGAAGAAGUUUCGGAACCUGUUGACCCAGAGGAAGAAGCCUUCCUGCGGUCACUUGGCUGGGAUGAGAAUGCAGUGGUGGAUGCCCUGACAAAGGAAGAGAUUGAUGCUUUUAAUAUGAUGUACAAGGAGCGGAAGCAAUCCUCGAAGCUGCUCCAGAUGAAGAUUUGAUCAUCGAAGGAAGCGACGGCGGGAACUUUGGCAGGCAAUAUAAUUUGAUUUUGACGACACUGUUGAUUGAGCACAUCUGUUUCUGAACCUGGAGCAUGAGUUUUUGCUUUAUCUUCUCUGUUUUCAGGGCUUAGAAAUCAUUUAGUUUGACUAGGCAAGUGUUCUUCGGUCGAGAACAGAAGUGAUUUAACAUUCUUGCUAAGCUGAAAGAAAAGAAAAAGUUUGAGUUCUUUUUUUUUUUUCUUUUUUCUUUUCUCCCUCUCUCUCUCUCUCUCUCUCUCUCUCUCUCUCUUCUCCAGAGGAAUGUGAAAUUCAAAUUAGUUACAAGUUUUCCGGGCCAUAGGCCGUUGGUCUAAGAAA